UCUGUCUUCUCCGGUGUGUGUGUGGCGUGCAGCAGGGAUCUGCACUGUCCACCACUCUUUAAAAUAUAUACAAUUAUAUUCUCAUUAAGGCUGGUCACAACAAAAUUUGUUUUCUGCCCUUAAAAUAAUUUUUUUACGGACUACAAAAUGACUAUAAGAUCGGACCGAGACCAUGGACAACGUUAUCGGCCACGGAUGUCCUGCCUUAAAAAGGUGGAGGCCACAGUGGUUCAGAUGCAGGACCCAUCGACUGGAGUGAAGGGAACAAAUCAGAAGCUCAACGUUACAACCAUUCCCCAUGCCAUCACUGGUCAGGAUAUUGUUGCAUGGAUCACCAAAAAUAUGAACAUGGACAAUGAUGAGGCUCAAGCAUUUGGCACAAUAUUAGUGGCAUUCGGGUACAUCUACCCUCUGCAGGACCACAAAAAGCUUGUCCUCAGACCAGAUGGCAGUUUAUACCGCUUUCAGACCCCCUAUUUCUGGCCUGUGCAGAAAUGGAAGGCUGAGGACACUGAUUAUGCAAUCUAUCUGGCAAAGAGAAACAUUCGAAAAAAGGGAGUGCUUGAUGUUUAUGAGCAGGAGGAAUACAACAAACUUCACAAAUGGAUGAACCACAAAUGGGAUUUUAUCGUGAUGCAAGCUAAAGAGCAGUACCAUGCCGGGAAGGCGCGUCAGAAGGCAGACAGAGUUGUGUUUGACUGUCAGGAAAGAGCCUACUGGAUUGUCCACAGGCCUCCACCACAAACUCACAGCGCUAUGGAUUACGGCCUGGAUCGUCACAUUGACCCUAAUGUGGAGGAGAAAAAAACCUAUGAUUAUUACAGAAGAAUUAACAUCUACACACAACAGGCCAUCAUGAGGUCAAGGGUCAAGUCUACAGUAUCUCUUGGAGCCCUGGUCAAGUACAUGACGACACUUAAGAACCAUGACCCAUUCCUCGUUCCCUGCCUCCCAAGCAAUCCCUGGCAAACUGAUGACGACUCUUACUGGGAGCUGAACACGCCGGAUGUUGAAAUUCCCACAAAGAUGAGAGUGGAGCGCUGGUCCUUCAGCUUCUAUGAGUUGCUUAAUGAUCCACGGGGCCGUGCAGACUUCAAGAUUUUCCUAAAGAAAGAAUUCAGUGGUGAGAAUCUAGCUUUCUGGGAAGCCGCUGAGGAGUUGAAAUGGGGCACAGCAGCUUCUAUGUCAGAGAAAGCAGAACACAUUUUCAAAACCUUUUUGGCUCCAGGAGCACCACGAUGGAUCAACAUUGAUGGCAGGACAAUGGGUAUAACAGUAAAGGGACUGGAACAUCCUCACCGAUACGUACUGGACGGUGCCCAGACCCACAUCUUCAUGCUGAUGAAAAAGGAUACCUUUUAUCGCUACCUGAAGUCACCAGUAUACAAGGAAAUACAGAAAAAAGCCAUUUCACCUGCACCACACGAUUUCUCUGAGGCCCAGCUGCAGCAAAACAUGAGGAACCGCAGACCGAGCAUCAGCCCCAUCAUCACCUGGGAGAAGGAGCAGGAAGAGAAAGCAAAAGCAGCAGCCGCAGCUGGACCCGUAGACAUUAAAAAACUGAUGGCCAGCAAACUAGAUCGCAAAUAGAAAGUCGGAGACAGAAAUACAUGCUGGAAAUGCUUUACCUAACAAUCUGACUAAUAAAAAGAGACCCAUACAAAGCUUAAUAACUCUUGGGUGCUCUACAUGUACAGAUCCAUUACAAGGUCUCAUAUAAUAGAGCUAAACUUAGACUCUAAGUUUAAUUCUUCCAUGAAAUUUGCUGUACAUAUAAUUGAUACCAAAUAUACAUAAAUAAGAGUUAAACUAUGUGCAUAUGACUCCCAAACAGCUAGUUCCAUGCAGUGAUUCUGUUCAUCCAGUACAAAGAUUGAGUUUCUUUCAAUCCGUUUACCUGUAUAGCACUUUCCCAUUAUAGUGUAAAGAUGUUUUGUAUGUGUGCAGUAGUCAUGGUGAUACCUGUAUAUCUUCGUAAAACAAUAAAGACAGCAU